AUGACUUCUGAUCACGGAUGGACUCUGAUCGCUCGGUUCUCAAAUAAUGAUGCCUUACAUUGGAUGAGUGACAAUGCACUAUGGUGGUAUGACAAGGAUGUUGCUUCUGGGGAAACAACUGAUCCAUCAAACAAUGCUGAUAUGAUUUCUUCAGCAUUCUGGCUUGUCAGCGGAACUGAGUUUAAGAUCACGCGCAGUGAUGACCCUCAGCACACUGUCCUUCUGAAAACCAUAGGUCUCUGCCUAAGUGGACAGACGUUUAGGUCGAAAAUCACAAACUAUGGUGACUUCAGAAACGGCAAGCUUUGGUCUAAAAAUCAAUGUUUGGGACGAUGUAGUGUCCAUUAUUGGGGCCAGUACCAAACAACCGAAGGCUUUAAAGAAGCUGCUUGCAACGGGACAAUGCAAGAUGCCAAUUCGAUUGGCUUUUGGUGUCACUGGUCUUCUGGAGAUGGAUCGGUAAUGAUGAUUGGUGGAGGAGGCUCUAGCUGUAACAGAGCUGAUCACGGUAUUGGAAUAACUGAAGCUAAUUCUCCUUCACUGGCGAAUGUGCGUGACUCACCCGAAAAAGAUUUUGGCAGUGAGGCUAAUUACAAUUCAAUUAAGACGUAUUCUUUGAACUUGUGGGUAAAGUAA